CAAUGCAGUUGGUGCCAUCAAGAGGGGAAAUAAGUGUCGAGACACGCCAAGAAAUCGCCUGAAUUGGAAUGAGCCCAUGUUCUCCGCUGUCACUGGAGCUGGGAUUUAUUGGCGAGCAGUGUAGGAGCUUCUGUGUAAAACCCGGAGACAUGACAUGCACAAGAAAAAAGAGGAAACGCUGCUUUGGCUUCUUUCAACUCUUUGUUUUUUAGGAGUCUGCAACAGGCUUAGGAAAAUAUCUCAUCCUGCAGAUUUUUUAACGAUUCCCACUGUCGCCAAUCCCUUAUGUGCUCUGUGUUUUCCCCCCUCAUUUAUUUACUUAUUGUGUUGUUCUCCAGCUGUAGGGAUAUUCAUUUUAUUUUACAUGUGCACUGUCCCCGUCCCUUGUGGUUCCUUUUUCCCCGACGGGCAGUGCUUUUAAUCCCCCGUUCAAAUCAGCCCACUGUCAAAAAAGCCAGGUGAAUGGCUGUAGCCUAUAUUUAAUGUGGACUGCAACAGACGGCCUAGCAGUCUCCAGCCUUUGUCUGGAGGACAAGCAGCCAACUGCAGGCUCUUGGAAAAGACGAGUAAGUGAGACAUAAUACUGCACCAAAAAAGAGACCCUGCUCGAAAUGGGGCGAUGCGGUUUGAAGUGUUCCGGUUCCAUGUGAACUCCAGAGACGAAGCAACCACGAGGACGAAGGAAAGGCCAGCUGAAGGAGGAGGCGGUGGGGGAGUGGUGGCUUUGGUGAUAACAGAGAGUGUGGUAUGGGAGGGGGGGCAUACGGGAUGGCAAAUGGGAAUGAGAGCAGCGAAGGGCCGGGUGGGCCCAUGGGAGCAGUGGUGGCCACCACAGGAGGUAUGGUAGCUGGGAGUCCUUCCUCAGCUGUCUCCACCUAUCUCAAACUGGUGCUGCUGGGGCUGAUCAUCUGCAUUAGCCUGGUGGGCAACUUAGUCGUGUCUCUGUUGGUGCUGAGGGACCGGGCCCUGCAUAAGGCACCUUACUACUUCCUGUUGGACCUGUGCCUGGCUGACACCAUUCGCUCAGCUGUCUGCUUUCCUUUUGUGCUGGUGUCCAUCAAGAAUGGCUCUGCCUGGACCUACAGUGUGCUGAGCUGCAAGGUGGUGGCCUUCAUGGCAGUGCUGUUCUGCUUCCACGCCGCCUUCAUGCUUUUUUGCAUCAGCGUGACACGGUACAUGGCCAUUGCCCAUCACCGCUUUUACUCAAAACGCAUGACAUUCUGGACAUGCGUUGCUGUGGUGUGCAUGGUCUGGACACUGUCAGUGGCGAUGGCUUUCCCGCCUGUUUUUGAUGUGGGCACCUACAAAUUCAUUCGUGAAGAGGACCAGUGCAUCUUUGAGCAUCGCUACUUCAAGGCUAAUGAUACACUAGGCUUCAUGCUCAUGUUGGCUGUGCUCAUUCUGGCCACACAUGUAGUCUACAUGAAGCUACUUCUCUUUGAGUACAAGCACCGCAAGAUGAAGCCGGUCCAGAUGGUGCCAGCCAUCAGCCAGAACUGGACCUUCCACGGGCCGGGGGCCACGGGCCAAGCGGCAGCCAACUGGAUUGCGGGCUUCGGCCGGGGCCCGAUGCCACCCACUCUGCUGGGAAUCCGGCAGAACUUGCACAACCAGAACCGACGCCUACUGGGCAUGGAGGAGUUCAAAGCGGAGAAGCAGCUUGGCAGGAUGUUCUACGUGAUCACCCUGCUUUUCCUGGUGCUCUGGUCUCCCUACAUAGUGGCUUGCUAUUGGCGGGUGUUUGUUAAGGCCUGCACAAUACCCCAUCGGUACCUCUCCACCACUGUGUGGAUGAGCUUUGCCCAAGCUGGGGUCAACCCUAUUGUCUGCUUCUUCCUCAACAAAGACCUGAAGAAAGGGCUCCUGUCCCACCUACCAGCCUGCUGCAGGACUAAACCUCAUCUGCCACGAGAGCCUUAUUGUGUUAUGUGAGCAGAGAUGCGUAUCUGAACAUGGAGAAAAAAGAGGGAGCGGCAGAGAGAUUGUUGUUGGAGAAAUUAUUUCAGUUAUUGUGGCCUUUGAUUCAAUGCAAGAUUCUAUUGAAUAGUGGGUGUAAACUAGUGAGUUUAAGGGUAAAAACACUGGAAUGGUAAGCAUGUUUCUCCAUUUUGCUACCCUUUUUGCCUAAAACAAUAGUAUACAGGAAGUAAGAACUUUUACUUGUAUUUUUGACAACUGGGGAAAAUACUUUCAUAGUGAAAACAUGCAAUUAUUGUGUAAACCAAGCCAGAGAAACAGCCACCAAUAAAUUAAACAAGCUUCUCCGUAAGGGAUCACUAAAUAUUUGAUGAAUUAUUUGAGUCCCAGGAUUGACACAAAUCUGUGUGAGCUGGAAUGGUGACAAAACAAAUGCGAAAAAAAAAAACAAACAAAA